AAUCGCGUGUGAAUACAAUAUCGACGAACACAUCACGCGAAACCAUUUCACAACCGCAUGAUACACUCUGACACCUGAUUACAGCAAAUCAAGCAAGAAAACUACAUUCUACAUAAAGAAUUCCGUGUAUGCUAGAGUCUGUUCGUUGUCGAGAGGAUCAAAUUCAACACUGCGAGCACCUGGUCGAUAAAAACAUCACAGAAAUCACUUGGCAGUCACAAGUUUGUCUGUUUUGUUUCACUUAAGAAGCGUUCAUAAGCAGGUUCUUCAAGACGCAAAAAUGGAGAAUAUUUAUUUCAAUGCAGUAAAAGAAGGUCAAGAAAAGGAGGAAAAACCAUUAAAGCGAACCUAUCCCGCCUACAUCGAGGACAAAACGUAUUUACCAACGUUGUCGACGAAAACAUUAGUCCUGGACGAAGAUGACGAGUAUAAUGAACUGCCAAAAGCGAUAAGCUUGCACAAAAGGGAAAGAGCGAGUGUAGAUAGCGAUAUGCCUGAACAUUGCGAACGUUGGCAUGUUUGUCAUAAAUGUAACAAAGUGUUUGGUACCGCUAAAGAAUUGAAGCGUCAUCUACCCAGACAUAAAGUUUCAAAGAAAGUUUACGAAUGCGAAAUAUGUCUAAGGACAUUUACACAAUCCAACCAUCUUAAACAACACAUGCCAGUACAUUCAGGUGAAAAACCAUUCAAAUGUAAUCAGUGUGAUAUGACAUUUACAAGAUCAAGCAGCCUCACAAGACAUCAAAUUAUCCAUAGUGGCAGCAAACCUUACCAAUGCAAAAUAUGCUUCAAAGGAUUCAAUCGUAAUGGCAAUUUAAAAGAUCAUAUGUUCACACAUGCCCAACACAAGCCAUACAAAUGCAAGAUUUGUGCUCGAGAGUUUGUCCAGUCGAAUAAAUUCAAGUCACAUGUUCAAAUGCAUACAGGUACGUCUUUGGAGGAUUGGGCCAUGUUCAAUGUAAACAUCACCGAUGAAGGUUUGAGGGAGUAAUCUUCAUAAUUAUGAAAUAUGAACAAUUUGUCAGGAGAUGUGGAUGGAAUGAUAGCCACAAAAGAGAGAAUAACCCUAGAAAAGGAUUUCUAAUGUCUCAAGUAUGUAUCUGACAGAUGGAGAUAAGAUGUUGAAAGUUUGCUUAUAUAUUGACUAUCUAAUGUACAGAGAGUGAAAGAGAAUUGUGAUGGAUCUGAUUUAUCAUAUAAAAUACAUAUAUUUAAUUGUUUUUGUAUGUAAGUGAUAGAAACAUAAUGAGUUAUGUGUAGAUAUAAAGAUACAUGGAAUAUAUAUAUAUAUUGAGAGGAUUUUGUUUAAA